AUGUCGGUAUCGGAAGCAACAACGCCGAGCACGGCGGAGCCUCCAGCGGCAGCCGUGCCUUUUGAUGAACGCGACCUGGAGCCGCGCACGCCGAUGAAGCGUCUCGGUUCCACCAGAAAACUAGCCGCCUUUAACAAGAAUGUUUCCGGUCGCGGGCAGGCGUACAACACGACUCUCAAUUUGCCCGAGUCCUACAAAUUCUGCUUAAUAUUCCUGCUUGUUCUCUGUCUGCAUUUUAAGUCGUAUGUUCUAAGUGUGUAA